UGAUUGUGUCGCUGCAAAAAAAUGCAAUUUUCUUGUGAUCCUGAUCAAGAAGGAGAUGAGCUGCCACAGUAUGAACACAUUUAUCAAAAUGACUUCUCAUAUCGAAAGCACAAGAAACAGAAGGAAGAAGAUAUUUCUAUCUGCGAAUGCAAGUUUGAUUUUGGAGACCCUGACAGUGCUUGUGGUGAGAGAUGCCUUAAUGUCAUUACCAACACCGAAUGUACUCCUGGAUACUGCCCCUGUGGUGUCUAUUGCAAGAAUCAGAAGUUCCAAAAAUGUGAAUACGCCAAAACAAAGUUGAUCAAGUGUGAAGGUCGCGGUUGGGGACUAGUGGCUCUUGAAGAAAUAAAGGCGGGACAGUUUAUAAUUGAGUACUGUGGCGAAGUAAUAUCAUGGAAAGAAGCAAAGCGUAGGGCUCAAACUUAUGAAACUCAUGGUGUCAAGGAUGCAUACAUUAUAUCUCUCAAUGCGUCUGAGGCUAUUGAUGCCACUAAGAAGGGAAGCCUUGCUAGGUUUAUAAAUCAUUCAUGUAGACCAAAUUGUGAGACGAGGAAGUGGAAUGUACUGGGAGAAGUUAGGGUUGGAAUCUUUGCAAAAGAGAGCAUCUCUCCCCGGACCGAAUUGGCCUACGACUAUAAUUUUGAAUGGUAUGGUGGUGCCAAAGUCCGUUGUCUCUGUGGUGCAGUCGCAUGUUCUGGAUUUCUUGGAGCCAAGUCUCGUGGCUUUCAGGAGGAUACAUAUGUAUGGGAGGAUGGUGACGAUCGGUAUUCAGUUGAUAAAAUUCCAGUCUAUGAUUCUGCAGAGGACGAGCUUACAUCUGAGCCCUCUAAGAAUGACGAGUCCAACACAAAUGAAGAGAAAGAGAAAGAUACCUCAACAGAGAACCAUUUGGAGUCUACUGCUGUUCAGCAAUCAGAUUCAACUCCUAUGGAAGAAGAUGUCGUCACGGAGACUGUUAAAACCGAAACAGCUGAAGACAUGAAGCUGCUCUCACAAAAUUCACAAGAAGAUUCAUCACCGAAGACUGCAAUUGUAUCACGGGUUCGCGGUAACAUUUACAAGAUUAAGUCUGAAUCUCUUCCGAAGAAAAGAGGCAGGCCGUUUUCAGGCGGGAAAACAAAGAAUGUCGCCCAGAAGCAUGUUGACAUAGCGAAUGUGGUUCAGCUACUAGCAACCAAAGAAGCUCAAGAUGAAGUUCUCAAAUACGAGGAGGUGAAGAAGGAGGCAGCAGUACGACUCUCGUCAUUGUACGAUGAGAUAAGGCCUGCGAUUGAGGAGCAUGAGAGAGAUAGCCAAGACAGUGUAGCAACAAGUGUGGCGGAGAAAUGGAUACAAGCAAGCUGUAAUAAACUAAAGGCAGAGUUUGAUCUUUACUCUAGUGUAAUAAAGAAUAUCGCUUCCACUCCCAUCAAACCACAAGACACAAAGACCAAAGUCGCGGAAGCAGGAAACGAAGACCAUAUUAAACUCUUGGAAGCCAAAUGAGAAUUAGCUUGACACCCGCUAAAUUGCUAGGAAGGUUCAAAUUAAUGAUUUAUAAUGGU